UCACUACUAAAGGAUAGUCCUCGUGCGUUGAGUGUGCUUUUAGUCGGACCGAUGCUUCUGUUUACAAAUCUUGUCAUCAUGUGACGUCAUCUACACGCUCCACGCGGGAGUCUCGGUUCAGUGUGAAGUGUGCUGUUUUCUUUUAGAAAGUGAGGUGAGAUGUUGAGCUCCAAGCUUCUCACUCUGGUGCUGGUGGUCCAGCCGGGUAGAGUGCUUCUGGGCAUGAAGAAGAGGGGCUUUGGGGCUGGAAAAUGGAACGGAUUCGGGGGCAAAGUUCAACCUGGAGAAACCAUCGAGGAUGCAGCUAAAAGAGAGCUUCAGGAAGAAAGUGGCCUCACAGUGGACGUGCUGGACAAAAUUGGAAAUAUCAAAUUUGAAUUUGUUGGAGAAACACAGCUGCUUGAUGUCCACAUCUUCAGAGCUGAUAGUUAUAAAGGUGAACCAACGGAAUCUGAUGAAAUGAGGCCUAAGUGGUUUGACUGCAACAAAAUCCCUUUCAGCCAGAUGUGGGCCGAUGAUAUCCUGUGGUUCCCUUUGAUGCUACAGAAGAAGAAAUUCGUGGGAUACUUCAAGUUCCAGGGUCACGACGUGAUUCUCAGCCACACACUGGAGGAGGUGCAGGAGCUGUGAUGUGAAACAACCUUGUGGCUAUUAUUUACGUCUGGGACCAAAAAAAAACAUUAGGUGUACUGGAGAUAACUGUUCACGGUUCUUUUAGCCGAAGGUACGAGAGGUUCCUUUGGACCUAAAGAGAGAUACGAAGAGAAGCAUUUACAUACUCUACAACUGUAACACCAGUAGAAUUAAACCCUUUUUUCUGCAAAUUA